AUGCAGGGUCUUGCGGAUGGUCCCGUCAAGACUCACCUGUUCCGGCUUGAACUAGAUUCACUAGAACAAGCCAUUUCCAUUGCGGAGCAGGAAGACUUCAGUCUGAGACAGGCUCGCGCCAGCUCGACAUCAUAUCGUCAACCGAGACGAUAUGACAACGGAGGUCCAGAGCCGAUGGAACUCUGUUAUGUAGAGAGCGAGAAGGCUCGCUCUACAGGCUACAAGAAGUUGCAGAAAUGCAACAGAUGUCAAAAGACAGGACACUACGCUUACGAGUGUAGUGCCCCUCGUCCAGUGUCUCGCGAUACUGGGCGUAGUGACCGUCCACCCAUGAGAAAGGGGCAGGGACGCGGGUCCGCUGUUGGUGCAAAGACGCAACAACGGGAUGGACCGUCAAAAAACGGACAUGAUCAGUAG